AUGGCCGAUGAAGUAUGGAUGUAUAACGCAUCUCUGCCCCUGGCUUGCGUCGGGGCCGUGGUCUAUGGAAUCAUCUUCCUUGGGAUUACAUACUUGACAACAAUGAAAUAUCGAGCGUGGUACUUCCUCCCUGUUGUAAUCGGCGCGGCCAUCGAGGUUGUCGCUUAUAUCAUGCGAGUGUACUCGAUCAAGAACUCCACCAUGAUUGCCCCUUUUGUCAUUACUUUGACAUUUACCGUCCUCGCGCCCGUCUUCAUCGCUGCAGGCAACUACAUGCUCAUCAGUCGACUCAUCCUCGCCGUGCUACCCCCUUCGAAGCAACGUGUUCUUAAGAUCCCUGGACGCCGGCUCACCCCUAUUUUCGUUGUAUGCGAUAUCAUCGCUUUCCUCGUCCAGGGCAGUGGUUCCGGUAUUGCGAGUUCCAAUAAUUGGCAGGGGAAUACAGAGCGUAUUGGUCGAUACGUUCUCAUUGGCGGUCUUGCUUUCCAGCUUGUAGCUUUCUCGCUAUUUCUGUGCGUCCUCGGCCGCUUCCACGUCCUGGCCAACAGGCAUGAGGUGAGAGAUGCACCCAAAGGCUGGGCAAAGCUUGUAGUGGCUGUCUAUAUCUCAUCCGUCUUGAUCAUGAUCCGAUGCAUUUUCCGCGUUGCCGAAUUCGCAGAAGGUAUGAAUGGGUACGCUUUCCGCCAUGAGUGGCUUUUCUGGGUCUUCGAGGCCCUCCCCAUGGCUCCAGCUAUUGGCAUCUUCUGCUUCUACUACCCAAGCAAAUAUCUGGGCCGGUUUGGCGCCUGGAGGCUUCGACGCGUCCACAAGACGGAGGGAUCGGCUGAAACAUUCUAA